AUGGUACAUACAAGAAAUAAUGAGAAAAUAACACUUUUUUCAAAAAGUUUAAUACUAGAAAAUGGUUUAUAUGUGAUAAAUGUAAAAAAUGAGAACUUAAAAACUUAUAAAUGGUGGCAAAGUUUAAUUAACCCUCAUGAUUCAUUCAAUCCAAUAAAAACAAAAGGUUUUUUAGUUUUGAGAUUAUUACUAUAUGGAUAUUUAAAUAGAAUAAGUACUUACAGAUCAAAUAAAGAUAAUGAUUUAAUGCAUCCAUAUUUAAAAAUAUUACUAAACGAUGUAGAGGUUUACAGAACAAAAAUUUUGGAUAAUUCAUUAAAUAUAUGGGAUGAAAAAUUAGAGUUGCAAAUUCAUUAUAUUAAAAGUAAAAUUGAAAUUCAAUUAUAUGACAUGGAUGAAACUGAAGGAAUAGUAGAAGAUGAAUAUAUUGGAAGCGCUUUUAUUAAUGUUUGUGAUUUAAAAUUGUCUAGAAAAUAUGAUAUAAUUAUUAAAUACAUUGAUAAAGUUGCAAUAUUAACCGAUCCUUAUAUUUAUAAAACCCAAAUAAGUGAAGAGUCUAACAAAAAAAAAAAAAGCAAUACAAGUGAAAAAAGUAGCUACAUAAAUAAUAAAACAAUUUUAAAAAAUGAUAUGAAUGAUUAUAAUAUUCGCAUUUUUGCAAAAUUAGUCAACAAAAGUAAUUGUAGUAAUUCAAUUUUACAAUUGAAUACAAUAACUUCAUUAAAUUAUAGUUAUAUAUAUAAGAAUAAUGAAAUAUUAGAAAAAGAUUUAAAUGUAAAUCAAUUAUAUGAAGAAAUUAAGACUAUUAAACUAAAUAUUGAUACUAUUUGGAUGCCUUUUUUUUCUAUUAUUUAUAAUAUUGCUUCAUGGAAAACUCCUUUUUAUUCAAUAUUUUUUGUUGUUUUUUUUUGCUUUUCUUUUAUUUUUUCAAAAUUUUUUUUCUCUUUUUUUUUAGUAGCAUUAAGUUUAAUUUUCUUCAUUCUGGUUUCUAUUAUUAAAGAAAGCGAUAAAUUAAAAUCUAAAAAUUUUUCUAUUUUUGAUGAAAAAAAGAAAAAGGAAAAUAAAUGUAACAUAUCUACUUAUUGGAAUAAAUCAGAUAGAAAAUUAUAUAGCAAUGUUAAAGAUAAAAAGGAAUGUUUAAAAAAAAAUAAUUUAGAAGACGAUAAAACAAGCAAUAAUUCUUUUUCAAAAGAUGAAAGUAGCACUGAUUCUGAUAACUCAAAUUCAGAAAGUUCAGUAUCAUUUUUAUACAAUGGUAAUAAUAAUAAUAUGAAAAAUGAUAAUAAUAAUAAUAAUAAUAAUAAUAAUAAUAAUAGAAGUGGAAAUGAAGAAGAUGAUUCAGAUAAUGCUAGUCUUAAUAAUUACACAGAUGAAGAUAUAGAUGAAGAAAAUAACUUAACUAUUAUUAAAACAUUUAUAUCUAGUGUAAUUGAUGAUGAUAUAAUAAAUAAUAUAAAAUAUAUUCAUUAUAUUUUAUUUUGCAUUACUAAAUCAUCUCAAAUAUUUUUUUAUAUUUUAAGAAAAUUUGGUUACUUAUUAGUUAUUUUAACAUUAUUAUUAUGUGUUCUCAACAUAUUUUUUUAUCCCCUUGUAGCUAGGUUAAUACGUUUCUUAAUUUUUUCAAGUGGUUUUAUCUUAUUAACAUACAAUUUCAAACCUACUAAUAUAAUUUAUAGGUUUUUUAUAUGUUCUCAAGAAUAUUAUUUCUUAAAAAUUAAACAAAAAGAUAUUGAUAUUUUUAAUAAUUCACUAAAAUUUAUUUAA